AUAAUUCGGGCAUUAGUAUCGCAAGGGAAAAGUGUGCUUCUAACAUCGUACACUCACACAGCAGUUGACAACAUACUUUUGAAGAUUCGGGAUGACAACAUUCGUAUCUUACGGAUUGGGGCUGCAGCGAAGGUGCAUCCUGAGGUUCAGCAGUUCGCCGACCUUGCGGCAGUUCCCAAAAGCACAAUUGAAGAACUUAAAGGGGCAUAUGAAGACUCGCAGAUUGUUGCAACAACCUGUCUUGGAAUCGGCCACAGCGUUUUUAGUCAGCGCAUAUUCGAUUAUUGCAUCGUCGACGAAGCCUCCCAGAUCACCUUGCCUGUAUGUUUAGGUCCGGUCCGAAUGGCAAAGACGUUCAUCCUUGUCGGCGAUCAUUACCAACUGCCACCUCUUGUGCAGAAUAAGGAGGC